UACUUUAUUUCUCUCGUCGGUUUCAAAGCUACAAACACUUACAAAAAUCACUCCAGCUAAGUUAACAUUUCUCUCGAAAUAAUUCUGAUCAAAUGGAACCAGAAACAAAUACCGUGGUAUUCUACAACGAGAAAGAAAUAUAUUUGAAAUCGAAAGGACAAUUUAAUUCCAAUCUCGAUUCUCUAACAUUUCCCAUUUUGGAUACACAGACCAAGAUAAGAUUCGACAUGAUUAUAAUCCCUCAAAAAACAACUCGAGAAGAUUUAUCCUCGUUAGUGCCGCAAAUAGUCGCAAACUUUGAGAAUUUGUCACACUAUGAACAUCCCAACAUUUUAAACUUUAUUGAAACCUAUCCCAGAACAUUUGCAAAAAUGGACAUGGAGCAUUGGGAGAAGAUGGAAAAUGGGAAAAUUUUCUUAGAUAAAAUUCAUCCUUCAGGAAAGGUGUCAUUAUCACUGGAAGCAACCUGUAUCAAAACACAACACCCAUCCGGACCAUCAUUGACCCUCUGGAUUGAUUUAUUUCGAAGUCGAAAACAUGACCCGAUGUUCCAAAACAUUCAAGUCACCAUAAUCCAAAAUGUUAUUGACAGGCUAAAAUUUCUUCAUGAGAAGUCUGUCUUCCACGGGAAUCUAUCCCCCAGUUGUGUUCACCUGUCUGGCGACACUCCACCAGUGAAAAUUUGUCUUGUUGCAUGUGACACUGCGACGCAAUGCCUAGAAAGAAAAUAUUUACGCGAUCUCGGUAAAAUAAUUCAAACCGUCAUAGAAAUGUCAAACUCUACAACUUCCCUUGACUCGGAGGACUUUCACGCUAUUGUGACACACCCGUUUAUUGCAAAUGCUGCCGACCUAGUUCGCCAUCUGGUAUCAACCGGUCAAGAAAAACAUGGUGAUAAAAAUUCAUUCGAAUCCAUUGAAAAAGUCAACCUUGAAAGCAAAGAUAAUCAGACAGCUCGUAUUUUAUCCAUUCUUAAAAACCCAAACGGACACGAAUGGUUUGAACAUGGAGCGUUUGGCAUGGUCCUCUCCGCAUACGACAAAAAUUUGAAAAUCAUGACCGCAGUCAAACUAAUUGUGUCGAAGAAGAAGAACGAAACUGAUAAAGAAAGACAAAAAAGAGAAUUUCAAAAUUUAAAAGAUUUAAGGCACAAUAAUUUAGUGCAUGUUCUCCAAUUGAGAGAAAAACAGCUGGACUCUGAACAAAUCAAAGAAUUACCAGAAGAUUAUGAGGAUGACUUUUACUCCGGGUUGAAAUUGAUGCUGGAAGAAAAUGCGAAAGGAUUUGGUAUAGUGGAUGUUAUCUGCAUUGAAAUGGAACUUUGUGGCUCAACGCUACGUUGUUGGUUGGAUAGCCGUGCAGACGAUACAAAUAAUUCCAAACUAUUACUAUUCAAUACUCAAUUGCGCAUUAUUUCGGAUGUAUUGUCCGGCGUGAGAUAUCUACAUUAUAAAAAUAUUAUUCACCGGGACUUGAAACCUGGAAAUGUUUUCUAUGCAUCACAUCAGAAAAUGUUUCCCUUGAAGAUUGGAGAUUUUGGAUUAUCUCGAACCUUAGAAUCACCCGAGUUUCUUGAGACACAGGAUGAAAAAAAUGAUGACCAUUCCAAUAAUGAUUUAUUGGCUGAAAUGACAAGCUCUGUGGGCACCCCGGCUUACCAAGCGCCGGAAGUUCGUACCGGGAGGUAUGGAAAACCAGCCGACAUUUACAGUCUUGGACUAAUUAUUUGGGAAGUUUUACAAUUGCAUACCAAAAUGUCCACUGCCCAGAGAAGAAGUACCUUCAUGGAACUGGUUUAUGGCGGUGAUACUUCGUUAAUAAAAGAUUGCCCAGAAGUACCGAAUCUAAAGGAGACAAUCAAAAUGACUAAAACAAAAGUUGCGGAGCGAAUCCAGACCAUAUACGAGGUGCAACUAAUUGCUACAGAAAUCUGGGCCAAGUCAUCCGAAGAGUUAGAAGCGUACUUAAAAACAUUCCAAUCUGGGAUCACCAUUCAUCUGGUUGAAGCCGUUUACACGGGAUACUUCAUCUUUUAUCACUCUGGGGUCAAGUUGAUUGGAGAAGGAGAAAAUACCAUAGUGACCAAUGGGGACGCCACACCACUCGUGCUUCCCAAUGAUGUUACUGGCUGCACUAUAAAAAACCUGAAACUCAAAGCGUGUGGAAUAUCCUGGGCAGAAUCGACAUUGAGGGUGGAUGGGAAUAAUAAUCUUGUGGAAAAUAUUCAUAUUGACAACAAAAGUGGAAAAGGUGACUGUUUAAGGAUUGAGGGGAGUGGAAACCAUGUAUUCAGAUUGAGGGCAAGGAAUUCAGAAGUAGGAAUUCUGAUCGAAGGAGAAAGAGCGAAUGCAAACGUGCUGGACGAUAUUGAAAUCUCUAAUUGCAACAAUGGAAUAAAAGUCUUUGGAUUCUACCCGGGCACAGUUGACAACAAUAGAAUGAAGAAUUGUACAUUACGCAAUGUAAUUAAAGGGGUGGAGCUCUGGUCUGCAGGUGAAAGUAGUCUGGAAAAUAUUGUAGUAAAGCAUGACGCCGAGUUUGACCUUUUGGACAAGGUUGUUGUUGGAGUUGACAUGUUUUGGAAUACUAAUACCAUCAUUAAUAAUUUAAUAUGUAAAGGUCAUGCGUUUAAUGUUAAGGCAUAUGAUCAAAAUUUUGGGUUGAAAAUUAAUUGUUCACAGAAAUGCAAAAUUUCCAAUAGCAAUUGCGGACAGAUUAAAGUUGGGGAAUGGUGCUGCGAGAAUAUUGCUUUCACUGGGGUCAAUGGUGGCGACAUGAUUCAAAUCAUGGGAAGGGGCAUUCCUUUGUGGACUGCAGGGCAGAAAUAUUUUUAGAUAAGACUGAACCUGAUUCGAAAUUGACCUUGGUUGACAAUAAAUUCGGCUUCCUAAA